AUGACCGAGGCUGAGACCAGAUAUCCCCAGAUGGAGAAACUGGCCCUCGCCUUAGUCACCUCGGCCCGAUGGCUCAGGCCAUACUUCCAAGCGUACACCGUCGUGGUACUUACCAAAUUGCCCUUGAAGAGCAUCUUCCAUAAACCAGAAACAUUAGGGCGCUUGAUGAAGUGGGCAAUGGAGUUGAGUGAAUAUGAUAUCCAGUUCGAACCCCGAAGUGCACUGAAAGGGCAAGCAGUGGCCGAUUUCAUCGCGGAGCUCAUCCCACCGCCUCAAUCGGUCGGGGCCGAUCUCCCAAGGACAGUCUACGUGAAUGGAUCUUCCAAUGAGAAAGGGUGCGGGGCAGGAAUCCUCUUGCUCGCACCAGGUGGCGAGCGAUUUCAGUAUGCCCUGGGGUUCAACUUUCGGACCUCAAACAAUGAAGCCGAGUACGAGGCACUUUUGGCAGGCCUGCGUGUUGCCAGAGAGCUGGGGGCCGUACACAUCAAGGUCUUUAGUGACUCCCAGUUGGUCGUAAACCAGAUUAAGGAGGAGUAUCAAGCAAAAGACUCCCGGAUGGAAAAGUAUUUAACCAAAGUCAGAUCGCACGUCGCCCAGUUCAAGACUUACGAGGUGAAUCAAGUGCCAAGAUCAGAAAAUUCCAAUACAGACGCCUUAGCUAAAUUGGCGUCAACAUACGAAACCUGGUUGUCAUACCAAUCCAACAAAACCGACCUGGCCAGGUCGGUCCCGGUUGAGAUCUUGGACAAUCUUUCAAUCUUGGAGCCAGACGUGAUGCAGGUUGACACUCCAGUGCCCUCGUGGAUAGACCCAAUCGUGGAGUUCAUCAAAGGAACUCCGCUGCUAGAUUUGAAGGAGCAAAAGAAGAUGGCGUGGAAAGCAGCUUGGUUCAUACUCCGAGAUGGAGCGUUGUACCGACGUGGCUUCUCCCUGCCCCUGCUUAAGUGUGUAACUCCUGAAGAAGACCUUUACAUUAUUAGGGAAAUCCAUGAAGGAGUAUGUGGAAACCACUCUGGCGCCAGGUCAUUGUCGGCCAAGGUGGUUCGACAAGGGUACUAUUGGCCCACUGUUGAACAGGACGCAAAGCAGUUUGUAAAAACCUGCGACAAUUGCCAACGCUUCACAAAUAUCAUACAUCAGCCUCCCGAACUGCUCACCCUAAUCUUGGCCCCAUGGCCAUUCGCGCAAUGGGGAGUAGAUAUCAUAGGUCCUUUGCCUCUAGGCAAAGGGCAAACCAAAUUCGCCGUUGUCGCUAUGGACUACUUCACCAAGUGGGCCGAGGCCGAGGCGCUAUCCCACAUCACGGAGUCCAGAGUCACAUCUUUCAUAUGGACGAACAUUGUAUGCCGUUUCCGCAUAUCGAACGCUAUCGUCACGGACAAAGGAAAGCAAUUCGACAAUACAAAGUUCGAAGAUUUCUGUAAAAAGUUGCGCAUAAGUCAUCUCAGCUCGUCCCCUACUCAUCCUAAGGCUAAUGGCCAGGUUGAAGCAAUAAACAAAAUUAUAAAGUGA